CUCCGCGGCGCGACGCUCCGCGUCCCGAGAGGCACGCUCUACAUGCUCUUGGGCCCGAACGGCUGCGGCAAGUCCACGCUGCUUCGAACGCUCGCGGGCCUCUCCGAGCCGUGGAGCGGCCGCCUGCGCGUCACGUCGCCGCAGGCGUUCGUGUUCCAGAACCCGGACCACCAGGUCAUCAUGCCCUCCGUCGGCGCGGACGUCGCGUUCGGUCUGAGCAUCAAGCGCGCGGAUUUGACCGCGGAGGAGGUGAUGAACAGAGUCCGCGCCGCGCUCGCGGCGGUGAAUUUGAAGGGCGACGAGUGGUUGGAUAAACAAGUCGCGACGCUCUCGGGGGGGCAGAAGCAGCGCGUCGCGAUCGCGGGCGUGCUCGUGGAGAACCCGCGGGUGAUGCUCCUGGACGAGCUCACGACGUUUCUGGACGAGGCGGAUCAGAUGGACGUCGUGAAGACGGUGAGAGGGGUGGUGGACGGAGAGAAGGUGACGGCGGUGUGGGUGACGCAUCGACUGGAGGAGUUACGGUACUGCGACCGCGCGGCGUACAUGGACGGCGGGAGGGUGGUGUUCGAGGGGACGGGGGGGGAGGUCAGGGAGUACGUCCGGAAGUUGCAGGAGGCGUAUAAGCCCGUGGUGCGAGGGCGGGGGGGGCGUAGUUAG